AUGGGGUUCUACGACCAGGUUGUCUUGCAAGGUAGCGCUCUGCUUGCGUCGUUCUUGUCCACGCCAUCUACGGUCGACUUGGGUUACGCGACAUACGCCGCAGCGAACACAAGCCUGACUCCUGGUGUCACGAGCUUUCUUGGGAUACGCUAUGCCGCUGCACCGAUAGGCGAACUUCGCUUUAGCGCGCCACGCGCACCGAGCUACGUCGAGGGCGUACAACAGAGCGUGAUGCCGCAUUCCUGUUGGGAAACUCCCGCGUUUGGGCUCGCGACUGAGCCGACAUACUACAACGCGGACGGGAAGGCCGCGAACAUAUCUGCUAUGGGCGAGAUUGACACGGAGGAGGAAUAUGAUGAGAACUGCUUGUUCCUGAAUAUACACGUACCAGAUUCUUUGAACCUUGCAGGCAACGCUUCAGUCCCAGUGUUAGUAUGGUUCCAUGGCGGUGGCUAUAUCGGAGGGAACAAUCGCAUGUACCCGACGGAGAACCUCGCGCGCAAUGCGCACGGCGAGCUCGUGGUCGUAAGUGUGCAGUACCGCCUCGGCCCUUUUGGAUUCCUUGCUGGCCAUGAUGUGAAGGAAGGCGGCGCGUUGAAUGCAGGACUGCUCGAUCAGGAGUUUGCCUUGCAGUGGGUUCAGCAAUACAUCUCGAAGUUCGGCGGCGACCCGCAACGUGUGGCGAUCUACGGCGAAUCGGCCGGCGCAGGCUCUGUACUUCAGCAUGUCGUCGCGCACGGCGGCAAUACGCAACCGCCUCUCUUCCGUGCAGCGCUCGCUAGCUCGUUCUUCCUCCCAAGUCAGUACGCAUGGGAUCAUCCGGCGCCCGAAGCUCUGUACCAUACCGUGGCGAAGGAAGUCAACUGCACGGGCGACGAUGUACUACCCUGCUUGCGCGCGGUUGACUCUCAAGCAUUGGCCCUCGCGGGCGUGCAUGCGAUAUACGCCGGGUUCUUAGGGACCUUCAGCUUCGCGCCCGUGAUCGACGGCGACUUCAUCGUUGAAAGACCAUACGACACUCUACAGAAGCGGAUAGUAAACGGUGACGUUGUCUUCGUGAUUAACAACGGUGAUGAAGGGUCCCUCUUCGCGCCAGAGUCUAUGACUGCUUCACUUGAAUUGGCAUCAUAUGUCAAGGGGUUGUUCCCGGCGCUUGAGCAAGUCGACAUUGAGAGAGCUGUUGAACUUUACGCCGAGAUCGGCGCGAGCGUUCCGAAGGCUGCUUCAAGAAUCAUGGGUGAAGCGAUCUUCACGUGUCCAGGAUACGCGACUUCGGAUGCGUUCGCAGGAUCUGGGAAGAAGGCUUGGAAGGGUCUCUUCGACGUCCCUCCCGCUUCGCAUGGCAGUGAUCUGGUGUAUAUCUUCGAUCACGAGAUACCUGGCAUGACAGAACAGCCAAUGCCGCCGAGUGACGCUGAAUUGGCGCACGCCAUGCGUGCAGCGGUCAUCGGCGCGGCUACGUCUCUCGAUCCCAACGCUCUUGGUGCUACGCCAGAAUGGAGGCCUUACAAGGAAGAUGCCCAUGUGGAGAUGCUAUUCAAUAGGACGACAGAUGGAUCGGGGACGUAUAUGAAGACAUUCAUGACGGACGAGGCGCUUUUGGAACGCUGCGAAUUCUGGAUUCAAAGAGGAAAUAAGACGGCACAGUAG